AUGCGUCGCAAAAAUGUCAAACAAGCCAGCAAGACGGACGCCUUAAAAGUCAGCACCAAUGACGACGACACCAAGAAAGACGGCCAGGAUGAGGAAGAGGAAUCGGAUGCCGAUGCCCUCAAAUCUCAGCAGGGUGUCGUUAAUCUGAUCGGUGUUGACACCAAGCGAGUGGCUGACUUUGCCGCUUUCCAAUUCUUUUUCCCUGCAAGUGCUACAAAGCUGGCUUUCGCCAUUUGGUUCCUCGUUUCCCUGCUAGGCUGGAUCCCUUUGCUCUCCGGUCUCGCCACUUGGGCCGUCAUCUUGCCGUUCAACAUCUACUACACCAAGGUGUACUCCAACGCGCAGGACCGUCUCAUGAAAAUUAGGGAUCAGAAGCUGACCCUCGUCAACGAAAGCUUGCAGGGCAUGCGUCAGAUCAAGUUCUCCGCACUGGAGCGACAGUGGGAGGGCCGGAUCCUUGCCAUGAGAGAGCGAGAGCUCAGCGCCAUCUGGGACGUGUUCAGAAGCGACUCGAUGCUAUUCGGCUCCUGGGUCGCCAUCCCGGUUCUUCUCGCUGCGACGUCUCUUGCCGUUUACGCCUGGAUCAACGAGACUCUGACGCCAUCUGUCGCAUUCGUCAGCAUUGGUGUCUUUAAAUCUCUGGAGCUCGCGCUGUCGCUGAUUCCCGAGCUGACUACAGAUCUCGUCGAUGCCAAAGUCUCCAUCUUCCGAAUUGAAGCCUAUCUUAACGGACCUGAGAUCACACAGACCAUCACAGAGGGCCACGAUAUUGCCUUUGAGAACGCCGACAUUGCUUGGCCUGUCGAUGAAGAAACCGACGACGCCGAUCGUUUCAUUUUGCGCGAUGUCAACUUGAGUUUCCCAGCCGGUGAGCUUUCGGUCAUCUCUGGCAAGACCGGUUCUGGAAAGAGUCUGUUGCUCGCUGCUAUCCUGGGCGAGACCGAUUUGCUUUCCGGCAAGAUCUAUGCCCCCAAGGCGCCAACCAGAAUUGAACGCAACGACAGUCAAGCCAACGCCGGCAACUGGCUCCUUCCCCACAGCAUUGCAUACGUCGGCCAGAUUCCCUGGAUCGAGAACGCCUCCCUCAAGGACAACGUUCUCUUCGGCCUUCCGUAUGACGAAAAGCGAUACAAGGAUACUGUCUUCGCAUGUGCACUGACUAAGGAUCUGGAUAUGUUCACCGACGGCGACAAGACGGAGCUUGGUACCAACGGCAUCAACCUCAGCGGCGGCCAAAAAUGGCGUGUUACACUGGCUAGGGCGAUCUACUCUCGUGCCGGUAUUCUCGUGUUUGACGACAUUUUCAGUGCUGUUGAUGCCCACGUCGGCCGUCACAUUUUCGAAAAGUGCCUGACUGGACCUCUCAGCAAGGGACGAACUCGAAUCCUCGUGACACAUCACGUUGCUCUCUGCGAGUCAAAGACCAAAUACAUCGUCGAGCUCGGCGAUGGUACGGUUCAGCAUAAUGGGCUUCUCUCUGAACUGGACGAGGAUGGAACACUGCAGCUCAUCAAGAGCCAUGAGCAGUCCCAUGCCGACAACAUCGGCGACGACGAAGCCACAGCCGUCAACUCGGAGCAGGCGUCGGACGUUGACGUUGACGCCAUUCAAGUACUCGAAAACGAAGACACUGACGGUGGUGUCAUCAAGAAGGUGCCGUCCAAAUCCGCACGCCAAUUUGUCGAGGAUGAGACGCGUGAGCAGGGCGCUAUCAAGAAGCACGUUUAUGCCACGUAUCUUCGCGACAGUGGUGGCUGGUCGUGGUGGACCCUGGCUACGCUCAUCUUCGUCUCCUUCGAGGUCAUCACUCUCGGCCGAUCCUGGUGGCUUCGUGUCUGGACCGGCGACACUGCGGAAGCUCAUGUUCACGGACUCGAGGAGUAUGACCAUAUCUAUGCCACGACUCUCCAGCACAGCACAAUCCACACAGCUUCGACGCCUUUCCGGACGACACAGGCCCGCAGUCUCAACUAUUACCUUGCUGUUUAUAUUGCCAUCUCUUUGGGCACGGUAGCUCUGGGUGUCAUGCGCUUCUUCUACCUGUUCCUUAUGAGUCUCAAGGCGAGCAGGCACAUGUUCCGAAACAUGACGCACACGGUCCUGCGAACGCCGCUUCGAUGGCUCGAUACGGUGCCCGUCGGCCGCAUUCUCAACCGUUUCACCGCCGACUUCAACAUCAUCGAUAGCCGCAUUGCCAUUGACCUGACGCUGACGCUCAACUCGGCCCUCAGCGUUAUCGGCAUCUGCAUUGCUUCCAUGUUUGUAUCUCCGCUCAUCAUUGUUCUGGCCACGAUCCUCCUUCUGAUCUGCGCUCGAAUCGCUCUGCGUUACCUCGACGCCGCUCGUCCCAGCAAGCGCCUUGAAAGCACAACCAAGUCGCCCAUCUUUGAGCUUUUCGGCUCUGCUCUCACGGGCGUGACUACUAUCCGUGGCUUUGACAAGUCGCAUAGCUACAUCAACGCCUUGUACACCAAGCUUGACGACUAUGACAUGGCGACAUGGCAUCUGUGGCUGUUCAACCGCUGGAUGGGCUGGCGCAUGUCCAUUGUGGGUGCCAUGUUCUCCGUCGUCGUGGCUGCCAUGAUCCUGGCCGAUGCUGAGAUGGACGCUGCGCUCGCUGGCUUCACCCUGUCCUUCGCGCUCGACUUUUCCGAGUCGGUCCUUUGGGCGAUUCGCAACUACGCAAGCAUCGAGCUCGACAUGAAUGCUGCCGAGCGUGUUGUCGAAUACUCGGAACUUCCCACCGAAAACCAGGGUGGCGAAGAGCCCCCGGCCAUGUGGCCCACCGAGGGCCGUCUCGAGGUCAACGACCUCGUUGUCAGCUACGCCAAUGAUCUGCCGCCCGUCCUCAAGGGCCUGACAUUCAGCGUCAACAAGAACGAGCGCAUCGGCGUGAUUGGCCGGACGGGCGCCGGAAAGUCCUCUCUCACCUUGGCGCUGUUCCGCUUCCUCGAGGCACGGUCAGGCAGCAUCCACGUUGACGGCCUCGACAUUUCCAAGAUCAAGCUGCAGGAGCUCCGCUCUCGCCUCGCCAUCAUCCCGCAGGACCCGGUCCUCUUCUCGGGCACGGUCCGAACGAACCUCGACCCCUUCAACGACCGCUCGGACGCCGAGCUCGAGGAUUCGCUGCAGCGCGGUGCACCUCGUCGGCGCAGGCGAGUCUUUCGAUUCCCGGCACGCCCUCCGGACCGGCCUCGUCGCCCACAACUGUCGUGGCGAGGAAUGCGAACCCGUUCCGCAGCCUGUCGUCUGCAGUCUCGGAAGGCGGCUCAACCUCUCGCAAGGCAGCGGCAGCUCCUCUGUCUCGCCCGCGCCAUUGUCGCGCGACCCAAGAUCAUGGUGCUCGACGAAGCGACGUCGGCGGUCGACAUGGCGACGGACGCGCUGAUCCAGCGGUCGAUCCGCGAGGAGUUUACGGACUCGACGCUCAUCGUCAUUGCGCACCGCCUCAGCACGAUUGCGGACUUUGACCGGAUCCUGGUACUGGGCGAGGGCAAGGUCGUCGAGUUUGGGUCGCCGAAGGCGCUGUGGGAGAAGGGACGGGACGGCGUCUUCCGGGGCAUGUGCGAGGAGAGCGGAGAGAAGGAAAAGCUUCGGGGCGUGAUCUUUGGGUGA